CACCACCAUGGGGAAAUCCCUUCCGGGUUCACGGUUUUGUUUACAGUUUGAUCAGCUGGAUGAUAAAAUUUACGAGCCUCCAAACGUAAAGUGAACUUUUGUGCUCAGAAAAGUGUAUAUUUGUGAAGGUCUGUCCAGUAAAACCCCUUGCUGAAAUUGAAGUUUUCAGAAGAACGUAUUCUAGCAGUAGUGUACAUCGUGAUCUGGCUAUUAAUAACAUGAUUAUCUUGAAUAGCAGACGAGAGAAAUUUUAUAUUGUACCAGUCAUGUCACUGUCAGCUCUAAUUCUACGCCGGCUUUUGAAAAAAGUGCAACCAGGUAGAUACAUGUACCUUUGCAAUGGAAAGACUGAGCAGAGGUCAACUGCAGAUUGUAGCCGGACUGACAUUUGGUAGUCUGGGACUGCUUUGGCUGUGGCGUCGGCUCGCUGUCAGACGAGGCAGAGCGGCUCUGAAGGAUAAAGUGGUGCUCAUCACGGGAGCGAGUUCAGGAGUAGGAGAAGCAUGUGCUCACGCAUUCUACCGGGUGGGGUCAAAGGUCAUAUUGUGUGCCCGUAGGAUCAAAGAGUUGGAGCGAGUCAAGAAUGACCUCAGUUCACUCAAGUUGACCACACCCACCCAUCCUCCCUGCAUCCUACCCCUUGACUUGGAGGACCUGGAAGGGAUUCCCAAGAAGGCUCAGGAGGCAUUGGCCCUGCAUGGUAGGGUAGACAUCUUGAUUAACAAUGGUGGCAUGACGUCUAAAGGGGCCGUGGAGGAUACAGAGAUGUCCGUCCACCAGAAAGUCAUGACCAUCAACUAUUUCGGCUCGGUGGCACUGACAAAAGAACUUCUCCUGAGCAUGAUUGCUAACAAAUGUGGCCAUAUCGUUGCUAUCAGCAGCGUGCAGGGAAAGAUCGCCAUUCCAUAUCGUUCAGCAUAUGGAGCGUCGAAACAUGCAAUGAAUGCUUUCUUCGACUGCCUUCGUGCCGAGGUGGCACAGCACAAGAUAAAUGUGACAGUCGUCAGUCCCAGUUACAUCAAGACCAACAUAUCCUACAAUGCAGUGACUGCAGAUGGCACGCGGCACGGAGAGAUGGAUCGCAACAUCGCGACAGGGAUGUCUACUGAUUAUGUUGUGAAAAAAAUACUUCAGGCAGUGAUCCAGAAACAAGGUGAUCUGGUCCUGGGUCCCUUCCACCACAGACUGGCCAUCUAUGUGAGGGUCUUGUCCCCACGGCUGUACGACUGGCUCAUGGCACUCCGAGCCCGUGGAGGUGAUGUUUAACCGUUUUGUUCCAUUGAGGGUCUAGCUAGGGCCAGUUUCACAGAUCAGCUAAGCAACUAACUUGUGGUAAGCACAGAAAAAAUGUGCUCAGCAACAACUGGUUACCAGCCAUACUGCUUUGCAAAGUAUAUUCCUUCAAACUGAAUCUCCGUUCACUUUUGCUCAGUGGAAAACUUGACUAAGAAAUGUCCUCUGCCCGGCAGCUCAAUGAAAUAACGACUUUUAAGUGAUAAAUAUUGUUCUUUCUAAUAAUGUGGAACCCUUAUUUCCGACAUUUCAGAGGUGUGCCUCACAAGGGCAUACCUUUCCAAGGGAAAAUCAAUUGAUUUACAUUGAAUGGAAAAAACUGAAUGUAGGUCACGUGGCAAAGAGAAAUGCUUUUUAUGACCUAUGCUGCAAGGUUUAUUUUAAUGUCAGCACUCAGGACAGAGUAGCAUACAUGCUAAUGGUCACUGCACCAGAAUCGAGGUUCACCUUGAAAUGAUAAUUUUCAUUGAUAAAAUUUGUAGUUUUUCUAUUCCUUUUCAACUUGAAUCCUAUCCAAAUAAUUUUAGCUCACACUUUGAAGUUCAUUACAUAUGAAUGCUUCAUAAUCAGAUCCAAUUUGAGAUAAAAC